GACGCGUCACUGUGACGUCACGCUGACAAAGCGACGUGGCAGGCGGACGCUUUAGCGCGCACGCCCGUUGAGUCGAGUCGACCUCUUUCGCUCUCGCAGGCAGGAAGUCACCGCACUCAACGACGUUUGUCUCAAUCGGUACCGGACAAUAUGGCUUCCAAUAACGCGGGCGGCAAAUGGGAGGUGGUGAAGAAAGGGAAGAAGAACAGCAGCGGCGGCGGCUCAGGAGGAGGCAAGAACACGUCGGAUAAGAAGCCCGGCGGCGGGGGGAGGAAAGCGCUGGGCGAAUCCAACCAGGGGUCCAGAGCACCCAUCGUGAUGUCCGCAACUCUGUACGACGGCUUUGAGAAGAUGGCGAAGAAACAGAACAAGGAGCAGGUUCCACCGCCGGCCGAGUCCGAGAACAAGAAGCCCUCGACGAGUAAACCGCCGAAGAAGCCGCACUCCAGCAGCGCGGCCCCCUCCCCGGUUCACAAGACCCUUGAGGAUGCCUUCAAAAGUUUGGAUGUCGGCGACCUGAAACAGCAGCUGGCUCGCAGUCAGACCCUGUUCCCAGAAAACCCAUCGGUGUGGGUCAAAGACCUGGCGGGAUACCUCAACCUCAAUCUGACUGCGCCGGAGACGGAGCCCACACUCAGCAGCUACGCUCACGACUACCCAUACUGCCUGUCAGGAAAGGAGCUGAAGGGAGUGAUCAAAGGCCUCAUCGGGCGCUGCAGUGAUAUUCUGCCAGACUUCUUCGACCACUGUGUUUAUACAAUGCUGCGGGAGAUGGACAGGCAGACGGGAGAACCUCUGCAUGGCUACAGAGUUUGCAUCCAGGCAAUCCUACAGGACAAACCCAGGAUAGCCACCCAGAACCUGCCAGAAUAUUUGGAGUUGCUGCGAUCAGUUCAGAAUCGUCCUAUGAAGUGUUUGACCAUCAUGUGGGCUCUUGGCCAAGCUGGAUUUUAUGACCUCAGCCAGGGACUGAGAGUGUGGCUGGGUAUCAUGCUUCCUGUGCUGGGAUUGAAGGCCUUGUCUUCAUAUGCCAUCGCCUACCUGGAGAGACUUCUGCUACUUCAUGCAAACCUGACAAAAGGAUUUGGCAUCAUGGGCCCUAAAGAGUUCUUUCCUUUAUUAGAUUUUGCUUUCAUGCCAAAGAACGCCCUGACAUCAAGUCUUCAGGAGCAGCUGAGGCGUCUGUAUCCUCGACUGAAGGCCCUGGCAUUCGGAGCCAAACCCGAGAGCACGUUACACACAUACCUGCCAUCGUUUCUGUCCAGAGCCACGCCACACUGUCCAGAUGAAAUGAAGAGAGAGCUGCUCAGCAGUAUGACGGAGUGUCUGUGUGUGGAUGUCCAGAGUCUGGGAGUGUGGAGGCAGCUCUACACCAAACACUUACCCCAGUCCAGUCUGCUGUUGAACCAUUUAUUGAAGUCGUGGAAGAGUCUCCCACCCAAGCUGCGGAAAAACCUUGAAGAAACUGUCCAGUCUUUCAAAGUGACUAACGAUGAGAUGAAAGACGCUGUGGAAUCUCCGGAGCUUCAGGAAUGCAACAGCCUGUGUCAGAAUCUGCAGGUAAAGAUGCGAGGUCGCGGGUUCCCGUGGUCCAAACUGCUCAUGGUUCUGCUGGUGUUUGUUGCCGGCUUCAUUGCUCAUGACGUCAGAUCUCACGGCUCCUUCGCAGAUUCCACCACGGCCCUUCAUCUGCGCAGCUCUGGGGUCACAGACGUUUCUCAGCAGGCCUGGAGCAAAGUAAAGCUGUACUCCACACAGGGCUUCAGCUGGUUGGAGACCAACACGCCUCAUUAUUACUCAGAGUGUGCACGGGUUUUGGGUCCCCUACUGGAACAAGGUUUGGAAAAGAGUAAAACAGCAGCCAUCUUCAUCUCUGAAAACACCACGCAGUUUAUUCUCUGGGUUAAAGAAAAGACGCCGCAGGCCAUAGAAUGGGUGAACACCAACACUCCCGACAGUGUAUUCCAGGUGUUGGCGUAUUUGAAGGAGCUGCUCCUCUCUCUCCACCACAACUACAUCUUGCCAGCGCUGGCGUAUUUAUCUGAACUGCUUCAACGAGCGUGGGCCAACUUACAGGAGUCCUGCAAUGGUGAGGUGUCUGUAUCGUGUCUGCAAGGCCACGCUUUGUCCUUCACCAACACAACGUGGCAGCUGCUCCAACACACGACGACGGCCAUUAAGACGUGGGCUCAGGAUCUGCUCACACAGGCGUGAUGACGUCACAGAUUAAUUAACACACGCAAUAAACACACAGUUAUGUGAAUCUGCACGCAGACGCACACACACACUGACCUUGUCGGAGGCUGCCUUUUAGUGAGCUGACUCUUAAGCCAUGAUUGGAGACUGUUGGUGCAGACCAAGAAACUCUCCCUCACUCUUAUUUGGGUUACAUUUUUAAAAUCAGUUUAGUAUUGUAAAAGGUUAUUUUUAAUUUUCUUUUUUCUAACAAUCUUUUUGCCAUUGCUGGUCGCAGAAGUUCUGUCUUUAUCUCUUUCUGAGUUUUCUACUGCAAAUUCCAGCUGUUGCUUUAACCCUUGGGUUAAACAGAUGUGCGUAAUUUAUAGAAAAUGUAGGUUUGUAGAUGAUUUAUAAACCAUUUUUAUUUAAAACAUAUAUAAACAUAAAAAGUAUUAUGUGAAAACUUAGUGAAGGGCCAAAGACCAAAAGCUAUUCCAAACUUUUCCAAGCCAGUGACGACCUUGUCCGAGGGCCCCUUUUGUUUCUCACACGCGGUCCAGCUCACCUUGAAGUGCGAUCAGAUGCAGAAUGUUUGUGUGUCUCAGUGAAACCUUCGUCAAUCCGGAGAAUCUUUGCAGUGGGCAGCUCACAAUUCAACAGGAAACAUAUUGUGAGUAAAGGAGUCACAACUGCUGGUGGCUUGACUCCAUUAGAAAGUUUAGGGUUGACCACAUGACCCAAAAGUAAGCUGGCAUCUGUUCGAAAAGAUCCAGAAGAAGAAGAAAUCUGCCUGCUGCCUUGUCUCUGUGUCCUGUACACCUUCUCCUCUCGUCUUUGCUGCUCUGUCUGCUGUUUCUUCGGGGUUUUCAUUUGCCUUCAAUAGCUUAACUCUUAAGCUCAAAAAGGCAAUUGUGUUCUCAUACUUGAAGGCUGAUGAUAUUCUGUUUUUGGAUAAAUACUGGGAUGAUUAUUAGCUGGUCUCAACAUCUUCCUGUACCCCAGAGAAUGAAGAAUAGACCCUCGUCUGGGGAAGGUAAACAUUUCCGACCAGCUCAUUCACCAUCCCUAUUUAUACACCGGAUAUAUUGAUGGAUAUGGAAAUGACUAAGGUCUGUCUUUGUAAUGUAAAUGAUUUCUAAUAAAGACUUCAACCACA